GCGGUCCAGGCGGAGGCUGAGCGAGCGGGAGGGCUGGUUGCUAAGCCUUGGGAAAGGGAAACGCUUACGCCUUUCUCCUCAGGUGGCUGCAGGCUUCAGCCUCACCGGGUCGUCACAGCAGAAAUGUCAGAAAAGGAGAACAACUUCCCGCCACUGCCCAAGUUCAUUCCUCUGAAGCCUUGUUUCUACCAGAACUUCUCCGAUGAGAUUCCCAUUGAGCAUCAGGUUCUAGUGAAGAGGAUCUACCAGCUGUGGCUCUUCUACUGUGCCACACUAGGGGUCAACUUCGUCGCCUGCCUGGCCUGGUGGAUUGGCGGUGGCUCAGGAGCCAACUUUGGCCUGGCCCUGGUCUGGCUGCUGGUCUUCUCUCCCUGUAGCUAUGUGUGCUGGUUUCGGCCUGCCUACAAGGCCUUCCGGGCCGACAGUUCCUUCAAUUUCAUGGCGUUUUUCUUUAUCUUCGGAGCCCAGUUUGUCCUGACCAUUAUCCAGGCUGUUGGCUUCUCAGGUUGGGGUGCCUGUGGUUGGUUGGCAGCAAUUGGAUUCUUCCAGACCAGCGUGGGGGCCGCCGUCAUCAUGCUGCUGCCGGCCAUCAUGUUCACAAUGUCAGCCGCCAUGAUGGCCAUUGUGAUCAUGAAGGUGCACAGGAUAUAUCGGGGAACCGGUGGAAGCUUCCAGAAGGCACAAACAGAGUGGAACGCAGGCACUUGGCGGAACCCACCGUCUCGGGAGGCCCAGUUCAACAACUUCUCGGGGAACAGCCUGCCUGAGUACCCUACUGUGCCCACCUAUCCAGCCAGUGGCAGCCAGUGGCCUUAGAGGGCACUGACUGGCCUUGCCACCCACCUGCCAUUGCCAUCCCUCCUGCUCCUUCCCAUCCACUCCUGGCAGCCAUGCUGGGGCUGGUGAGGCCCUGGGCAUCUGUUCCCUGCCUUUUCUAGGUGGCAGAUAGGCCACUCCUCAACCAGGACAGCAGCAGGGGUUGGUGGCCACCAGGAGCCCCCUGUGUUGGGAUGGUGGCCCUGGCAGCCCUCGGGGACCCGUGCUCGUGUUCAUCUCACUUCCAAGAGUGGGGCUCCUGGCAGCACUGCCCAGAAGCGGCCAGCUGUGCCGUUGGGCAGAGGGACACCCCUCUUGCUCCUAAAGACGUUUGGUCACAUAAUGUCUACUGCCACAGCCAUACCCUCUUCACUUGGGGUCUCAGAGAGCUGACCCUGGGCCUCCCCGGGAAGUUGGAAGUAGGCUGGCUGCCCUCCAUCCCAGGGCUGGUGAUGCUAAGAAGGGCUCCAAGAACUCCCCCACCCCCAUUUAGGACCAUCGCCCUCCCCCAGUGCUCGGGAAGAGCGGUGCCUUCUCAGCACCAGGUUCCCUUCCAUGCUGGUGAUGUAGACACUUCAGGUACAGCUGGGUCCUUGACAUUUUUAUCCCCUUGAGUUCUCUGUUCAUUUGUAACUGGGGACUCAUGGGAUGGCCAUAGGACAGUUUACCACCUCAGUGCCAGGAUCUCAGCUUCUCCCUGUCCAUCUGUCCCAAUUGCUUGUCUCCAGCCUUCCUGCCCACAGUCGCUGUCCCCCAGAGAUGCUCUCUUUCCCCAUAAUGGGUGUUAAAACCCCAAAUCCUGGGCUGCUUGUACCCAUGCCAGGAACCUGGCCAGGGUGUCCAUCUAGAUUCGAAACCUGGUACGGAACCCUUUGAGGGAAGGUACCAGCCUCUUCUCACACCAUGCAGGAAAACAGGUGCAUCUCAGAGUGUGGAUGGUCUUGAGGUCACUGUCAUCCAGGGGCCUGAGUGCUGGGCCAGCCACCACUUAGGCUGUGAUCUGUACUGCCAUUUCUGGAUAUGUGGAAGCAGGUGUCACUUCUCAGGAGAACAGCGUUUUAGGAAGAAACAAGCUGUGACAAAAUUCUGUGCCUUACUGAGGAAUAUGAACACCAUCACUUCUCCCCCAGAUUCUUCUAGCUCUUUCUGAGGUAGAGGAACCAGAUGUCCUGUGGGCAUCGCCACACCUUUGUGAAUGGACUGGCUGAGGGAUGUGCCCUGGUGGCCUCUCAACCCAUUGGCCAGGCUUCAAGUACUGUUGUCCCUCAGCUCCCAACUGCCUGUCCCUUGGGGCAGGGCCAGGGACCCAUUCCUGUCACACCAUGCUCCUGGGCUGUCUUCGGAAGCUCUGAUGUGGUGGAAUGUGUUCUCACAUAUGCUUGCUUUCGAUUCUUCUGCCGAAUGCCAUGUGGUGUCCGCGUGGUGCUUCCUCGGGGACCCUGAGGGAGCACUCGGGCCUGACUCUUGGGGGGGUCCCCCAGCUGUGGUUUCCUUUUGGACCGUGACCACCCCAGCUGACAGGCUGGCCUUGAGGGCCUGGGGGGCUUCCAAGGGUGAGUACUCCUGAACAGAGAACAUGAGCCUUGGUUUCCCAGGUUCUCAGUAACAUCCCCGAGCCAGCUCCCUGCAUGGAUGAAGGUCCACUCUGCUAAUUGUGGACUGAAUCUCAUCUUGGCUGAUAGGAAUACAGCUGAUUAACCAGGUGCAGGAUAAACAUACAUGAGCACCCUUCAACCCUCACCCCACUGUACGUGGCACCUGUUACAUACGUCAUAGUAGAUUUUGUUACUUGGAAAUAUUCUGGAAAUAAAUCCUUUCUGCAGUAGA